AUUAAAGGUUGUAUUCUGAACUCGUGAAGCGGACAGUUAUAUUUUUCUUCCAGAAUAUAUGGUUGAAUAGCAGCUUGACCUGCUUCCAUUAAGAUGAACACGUACCAGGUCCCGAACCCUGGCCUGCCGGGAUGCCCACCCGGACUAGAGUAUCUAACACAGGUUGAUCAGCUACUCAUCAAACAGAAAGUCGAGUUUAUUGAAGCCCUGGCUGGCUUUGAGAGCAACAACAAGUAUGAGGUGCGUAACGCCAUGGGUCAGAACGUGUUCUAUGCUGUGGAGGAGAAUGACUGUCUUAGCAGGCAGUGCUGCGGACCCUUACGAUCCUUCACAAUAAAAGUCCUUGACAACUUUGGACAGGAGGUCAUCACAGUCACCAGACCUCUCAAGUGCAUGUCCUGUUUCUUCCCCUGCUGUCUGCAAGAGCUGGAGGUGCAGGCCCCCCCAGGGAACACGGUAGGCUACGUGGUCCAGCAGUGGCACCCCUUCUCCCCCAAGUUCAUCAUAGAGAAUGAACACAGAGAGGCUGUGCUGAGGCUGCACGGACCCUUCUGUGGCUGGAGUUGCUUGCCUGACGUUGACUUUGAGAUCGUGACCAUGGAUGAAGUGGAUAAGAUAGGGAAGAUCAGUAAACAGUGGACCGGUCUACUCCGUGAGGCGUUCACGGACGCUGAUAACUUUGGGAUCCAGUUCCCCAUGGAUCUUGACGUGAAGAUGAAGGCUGUGAUGAUAGGAGCUUGUUUCCUCGUCGAUUUCAUGUUCUUUGAGAGCGGUAACCAACCCUAGCAGCUGAGGAGUAGUCUACAUCUCAGACAGUCUGCACUCCUGGAGCUAUAACUUCCUGCUGGUCAUGGACAAGGUCUCAGAUAGACAUGGUGCUAUGUGUGGGAUUCAUCUUGUUGGUAAGAACCAUAGAAAUAGAUCUACCAAGGGAUUACAGGUGAAUGUAAUGUAAUGGCCGCUGGUACUAGUUUUAGCUUCUGGGGUUGGUACACAUUGCAGCUAAAUCAGUCAAACCAGGUGUGUGUGUGUGUGUCAGUGUCCAUUGUUAUAUAUUUAGAGAUUGUAUAUAAAGGAGUGUGUGUGUUUUUACAGUGUGUACAUUGUGGUUGCGUUGCCCACAACCCCUCAGUCUGAUAAAAAGGGUUGUGUGCUACCACUUCACUCAUUGUGGUUGCGUUGCCCACAACCCCUCAGUCAGUCUGAUAAAAAGGGUUGUGUGGUACCACUUCACUCAUUGUGGUUGCGUUGCCCACAACCCCUCAGUCAGUCUGAUAAAAAGGGUUGUGUGGUACCACUUCACUCAUUGUGGUUGCGUUGCCCACAACCCCUCAGUCUGAUAAAAAGGGUUGUGUGGUACCACUUCACUCAUUUGCCACAUGUGAAAAUAAAAUGAAUCUUUAUCUCAACCACUAUGCUGAAGGGAAUGUGGAAAGGGAAGGAGAGCAGAGAUGAAGAAAUGCUAUGUAGCUUAAAGAAGAAAUCUACAAAAACAUGUUAUAUUUUUUGGUAAAUCGGAAGACCUUAAUAUGUUCUUGUGUCAACAGUAUAUUAAGUUACCUUUAAGUUAUUGUUUAAGUUGGUUAAGUUAUAUGCUACUGUGUUUUGCUCGAGACAACUUUUGUAUGUAGUAUUUUGAGACUUUUGAUAUUUAAUUUAUUUAUUUGUGUUUUUAUGUAGCUUAAUAUUGUUUAUUGUUUUCAUGUGAUUGUAAUUUGUGGGAAAGUUGACAUAAUGUUCAGUAUUAAAAACAUCCUCCAGUGAU